AUGGAAGCUGAGGAAUAUGGAGUUUUGAAAAAUGCUCUUGCGGCAAAAAAGGAUCCAGGUGAAGUAGCGAUUGCAUUCACAAAACCAACACGUGAAGCUUUCGUCCCUGGGCAGACCGAGCAACCACAACUCGAAGAGCACUUUUCGAGAUCUUGGAAGAGCGUUAUUGAGAUAGCAAUUGAUACCCCCCACGAGAAGCAAGAGCCACUCGUUGAUAUCCUACGAGCUAUCCAGCAGCAAAAUGUCGCUGAUAGUGAAGAAGCGAGUGAGAUUGAGAUAUGGGGCGAUAAAGUGAAAGUGUGGAAGGAUAUGCCUCUUUUCGGCGCACAAGCGCGGGAAAUUUGGAAUAGAGCCCCAGGAACAAACAGCAACAACGACCUCUCAGCAUCCCAAUGGCAAAACAUCAACGCUUUUCUCGCUCGACUAACAGCGCUCUCAUCGUCUAUCCCCGCGUUCGACUUUUCGUUAUACGCGAUAUGGACGUUGCGAUCUGCGUUUGAGAAUGAGGAAUCAAAGGAGGUGGAUCGAAGGGCGGGGGAGAUGUGGUUUUUGUAUGCUGGGGAGGUGAUUGAGAGGUUGAGUCGGGAGGGGAAGGUGUUUGAUGGGAAGAUUGCUAGGGAGGGGGGGGAGUUCGAGGGGAAGGGUUGGAGAGGAUUUAAUAGGGAGAGACUUGAAGUUUGGAAGGAGGGGGUGCGAUGA